AUGGCGAAGCUCAAAAACCUACCCACUGAGAUCAAAAUAGCACUACUUGAGCUAUGCCCUGUGUUGGCUUUUGUGAAUCGUGAGUUCUAUCAGCUCAAUAACUUUGUAUAUAGGGACCGAUGUUUGAGCAUUAGACCGCUGCCCUACUGGGAAAAGAUGCGUCUCCCGAUAAGCGAGUACAUGAAAAGUUUGGAUAGAGUGCGGAAGGCCAGCAGGCUGUUAAAUGCACGUCAUGGCAGUUCGGAAGAGUCUGAUGUGAUUGAAUAUCUGUCAGACUCAUGGCAAAUUGUGUUUCAUGUUUUCUUCGCCAACCCAAAAUUUUUUGAUUUAAAGUGGAUUGCCUUGAAUCUCAGACCUCGAAGUUUGGAAGGAGAGAUCACCCCUGGCUUUGGUGGGAAUAUUGAACUAUUGAGUAAUACUGCUUACCAAUGUAAUCUUUGGAUAAGAGUGAAAAGUACGUCUGCAAGGCUAAGAGCUCUUAGGUCCAUCAUCAGCACCACAGACUUCGAGCAAGAAUGGAGAGGAUUAUUCAUAUUCCUUGAUAAGUCUUUGCCGCUACAUAUUGAGGAUUGGUCAAGAACCACGGGUUUAUACUGCAUAAACAUGGGGAUGGUUUUUACCCAGAUAGAGGAGGGUGAUAACCUGAGACAACUGAAAAGGCUUCAGGCCGUGGUCCUAGGUGUCGAAGAUAAUGAAGAAUGCACUACGAUGGAUGUUGUUGGAUUUGAUUUCGUUCCAUACCAAAACACCAAAAAAUGGGUACUUUUCCACACUCAGGAUGAUGACUGUGCAUUCAACCCUUAUGAACGAACUUUGAGCAAAAUGCGAAUGGAGGGAAAGGGCGGACUGCGAACGCAGUUCGAAAAAAUACCGACACCAUUGCCGUGCUAUGAACGGCCGCCGAAGUGUCAAUUAGUGUUUAAAUAUCCGAAGGAUAAGCAACUCGAUGAGGAAGGGAUACGAGAUUUGGCAUAUCCUUAUCUCGGACAGCCGGAUUGUUGCAACCCUGUUAAGCAAAACUUUUAA